UAACCCUGCAGCUGCACCAUAACCCUAACUCUGCAGCUGCACCAUAACCCUAACCCUGCAGCUGCACCAUAACCCUAGCCCUGCAGCUGCACCCUAAGACUAAGCCAGAAGAUGCACCCUAACUCUGCAGCUGCACCCAACCCUUACCCUACAUCAUGUGUAUCAGAGCCAUCAGUUUUGUUUAUGUUUCUCACUUUAAAGUGUUUUUUUUUCUUUAAUUGAACUAAUAACACUGGUGAAUCAUGCAGGAAGCUGGUCUUCUGAGUCAUCUCAAAAAGUCAGAUUACCGACAACUAAACUUAAGAAGACAACAAAAAGUAGAAGCUGUGGCCGUUUUCUGCCAGCUAAUCUCCGGUCCUCUCCAUCUGUGACUCACCAGUAGGAAGUACCGGGCUGUUUCUGAGCUGUGCACACUGGAGUUCGGACCUCUGUGUGGGAGCCGGUCCUCUAGAAUGAGCCGAGUUGGAUAAUGAUGAUGGAGCAGAGCUCGUGCACCGAAGACCGGAUCCAGCACGUCCUCGAGCGCUGCCUCAGUCAGCUGGGCCUCGACACACCUGAUAAGCAGCUCUGGAACGCCGGACUGUGCAUAAGCCGCUGGUGUUUGGAGGAACUUGUGCAGAGGGAUCCUCACAACUUCCUCAUACUUCUACAGACAAUUCUGAUGAAAACAAAAGAGGUGCUGGAGCAGAGUCGGUGCGAACUGGUGGUGCCGCUGACGCUCUUGUUCUCCUCGGCUCUCCUGAGAACUCCAUUCAUAGAAGCAGAUUCCAGCAUUCUGCAGGAGGCCUACCUGUUGUUCCACGAGUUCCUGGCGUGGCCUGAGCCUUGCGGCUCUGCCUGCAAACGCCUACUAAACACCAUCCAGCAGGAGCUCAGAACACCAGGUGUUUCGUUUCAGCAACUGGUGAAGGCCGAGCAGGGUCUUUACUGCGACGCAAACUGCUCUAAAACCAUAAUGGUGCUGUUGGUGAGCCCAGAUGAUGAGGUCCCCCCGGAGGUCCAGUUGGCCUCCGAGCAGCUGAGUACCGUCCGGAACUCCACCAGAGACAUCCUCACCACCCUGAUCCUCCACACCUUUCAGGCUGCUUUUGGUACCUCACACGACCUACAUGCUCUCCACACCUCCCUGCAGGAGAAGCAGCUGGAGGAGCUGGAGCAGCUCGUGGAGGCCAUAACCGUCUACACUGCCAAAGCAGCAUCUGUUUCUGAUCCUAGGACAGCUAGAGAGGAGCUACUCCACAGCUUGGAGAGGCUCAGAGAAGGUUUUGCUGCACCUGCUCCUAACACGGGAUCUGCUGAGAUUUUCAAGCUUCCCAUUCCCAAAUGUCACACAUGCUCGUGGGACGAGGACAACUUCGAUGUUCUGAAGGAGAUCCUUACUGUUGAUUCAGACCUGGACUUUUCUCCAGAAUGUUUCCUUCACGGAGGAAUAGAUGACGACUGUUCUAACGAGACAAGCGUGGAUGAUGAAGAAGAGUAUGACUUCAACAAAGUAGACCAUGAGUUUGACAACCAUCGGAUCUCCGUGGCUUCGUCCUCUUCAAGAGACUCAACGGUUUCCAGCUACUCCCUGUCCUCCAGCUUGUCCCUGCCUUCCACAUCAUCUGGUGUAGAAAGUGACCUCGGUGAGGACAUGGCACACGAGGACGCAGAGGAGGGACGAGACAGCCAAUCAAGACCUAGAAAAAAACCCAAGAAAAAGUCUAAAUCCCUCUUGGGGUUGGAGCGCUUCUCAAUGCUCUUCAAGACUCCUCGCGGUCCUGGCACGUGCCGUCGUGCCCAGAGCAUCGCGUACACCGGGGACCCCCACAAAGACUUCAUACGAUCUGGAGGAAAGCUCAAACACUCGAGGUCCUUCAUGAAGCAGGUGUGUCCUUUGGAUCCUCUGUCCUACCAGAGGCAAGUGUGCGUCCGCAGGAGGCCGAUCUUGAGUAUACACGAAGGAGACGUGGCGGAAGUCCCAACGGUGGUGAAGGUGGUGGUGUUUGGAGGUGACAGGGAGGCUGGGAGGCUUGCCCGAGCGUACAGUGACCUGCAGCAGAGAGAGAGUAAAUGUCCUCUGCUCACCAGGAUGUGCAAAAUACAGUUUUACCUUGUUCCUACCAAGAGACACAAUGCAACUGAAGUGACUGGAGGACUCACACCAACAGAAGGGCAGGGACCAAAUGGCCUUGAACUGGAGGGCAGCACGACGGAUAUCUCCCACAUGUUGGGCCUGAUGGAUCCCUGGUAUGAACGCAACGUGCUCAGUCUGCUCAGCCUGUCCUCCCACGUUCUUUGUGAGACUGCGUCCAAGGACGAGGACGUCUCUGUGAGCGGCGGCAGCGAGGAGCGUCUCCCCCUGCUGGCCGACUUGGUUCUGUAUUACUGCAGAUACGCAGACCAGCCUGUUCUGGUGCAGCUCUACCAGGCUGAGCUGACCCUGGCUGGGGGGGAAAAGAGAAGGGAGGUGUUCAUUCAUACCUUGGAGCUGGGACACACGGCUGGAACCAGAGCCGUUAAGGCCAUGGGAGCGGCCAGCAAAAGGUUUGGGAUUGAUGAGGAGCGAGAGGCUGUGCCGUUGCCUCUGAGCAUCGCCUACAACAAGGUGGUCUUCAGUGGGAGGAGUCAGUGGAUCCAGACAGAGACGGUCUGCACAUCGAUUAACAUUAAGAAAACGUGCAGGAGACCUGGGCAGCUUGAAAGCCUGCAGCUGACGCUGACAGAAGUUCUGAAGAGGCAGUGCCCCAAAUCUAAGAAAGGUUACAACCAGCAAAUCCUGAUAUCCGAGGUGAAGGUGGACAACGUCCACGUGCAAUCUCAAGGGGAGGGAGUGACGUUUGCUGUUUGUCUGGAUCAAGACAAAAAGAUGUUCAUCCAAAGUGUCACAAGGUGUGAGGUGUCUCUGUGCAGCAAACCAGGAAGUGGAUCAGACUGGAAGUCCUACAAACCUCUACCAGGCCAAGUCCAGCCUCUACACCCCACUUACCGCUCGCUGCUCUGCCUUCCCAUCACCUCCUUCUUUGCCCCACAUCCACUGGACUCAGCACUCACAGAACACUCAAGUUAACAUUGCACAUGUUUUCAUUAUAUUACGGUAAUGGUAUUACAAUAAUUUUGUUGGUUCUUUCCUGUUGAAAGAGUCAAUAGAACAGAAAUUAUUCCUUUUUUUUCGCUUCUAACAUUAAACCUGUACUCAAGCACA